UCCGGAGCAUAAACAAGAGCGGGGCCGGGAUGAGGCGGCGGUUGAUCCCGCAGCAGCGAGUGGCAGCGACCCAGGCGGCGAGCGGGGCCGGACGCCGACCCUGAGCGCAGCCAGACCCGUCCCCGCGCGCGCCCGCACGGGCCGCCCCGCCGCGCGCAGCCAUGAACCUGGCGAGCCAGAGCGGCGAGGCCGGCGCUGGCCAGCUGCUUUUCGCCAACUUCAACCAGGACAAUACAGCAGUGAAAGAGACAGCAAGAGCAGCUGGUCGUGAUCGCCUCUCUUUUGCUUGGUCCCUAGCUGUUGGUAGUAAGUCCGGUUAUAAAUUUUUCUCCCUUUCUUCUGUGGAUAAGCUGGAACAGAUCUAUGAAUGCACUGACACUGAAGAUGUGUGUAUCGUAGAGAGAUUGUUCUCAAGCAGCCUGGUGGCCAUCGUCAGUCUCAAGGCUCCCAGGAAGCUAAAGGUUUGCCACUUUAAGAAGGGGACCGAGAUCUGCAACUACAGCUACUCUAACACCAUCCUGGCUGUGAAGCUCAACAGGCAGAGGCUCAUCGUGUGCCUGGAAGAGUCUCUAUAUAUACACAACAUUCGGGACAUGAAGGUUCUGCACACUAUCAGGGAGACCCCCCCAAACCCUGCAGGCUUGUGUGCACUGUCAAUAAACAACGACAAUUGCUACUUGGCRUAUCCAGGGAGUGCAACCAUCGGAGAGGUUCAGGUCUUCGACACCAUUAACUUGAGAGCUGCAAAUAUGAUCCCAGCUCAUGACAGCCCUUUAGCAGCACUGGCUUUUGACGCAAGUGGAACCAAACUUGCCACGGCUUCUGAGAAGGGGACUGUGAUUAGGGUGUUUUCCAUUCCAGAGGGACAAAAACUCUUUGAGUUCCGGAGAGGAGUUAAAAGGUGUGUGAGCAUCUGCUCGUUGGCCUUCAGCAUGGAUGGCAUGUUCCUCUCUGCGUCCAGCAACACUGAGACGGUGCACAUCUUCAAACUCGAGACUGUGAAAGAAAAGCCUCCAGAGGAGCCCACCACCUGGACUGGCUACUUUGGGAAGGUGCUCAUGGCAUCCACCAGCUACCUGCCCUCUCAAGUGACAGAAAUGUUCAACCAGGGCAGAGCCUUUGCCACCGUCCGCCUGCCAUUCUGUGGCCAUAAGAACAUCUGCUCAUUAGCCACAAUUCAGAAGAUUCCUCGGUUGUUGGUGGGAGCUUCUGACGGCUACUUGUAUAUGUACAACCUGGACCCCCAGGAAGGUGGCGAGUGCGCCCUGAUGCGACAGCACAGGCUGGAUGGCAGCAUGGAGACGACCAGCGAAAUUGUAGACUCUGCCUCCCACGACUGCCCCUUAGUAACUCAGACGUAUGGCGCAGCAGCCGCAAAAGGUGCCUACGUGCCCUCGUCUCCAACAAGACUUGGUAAGGGGCAGGACGCAAACCUAGAAGGCUACUCAGACGACCUAGGUGCCGUGGGUGGAGCAUGUCUUGAGGACGAAGCCAGUGCCCUGCGCCUGGAUGAAGACAGUGAGCAUCCUCCCAUGAUUCUUCGGACUGACUGAACUUGACCUGUGAAUUCUGACCUUAGGAGCAGAGAACACAGGCUUUACAGAGGACUUUAUGCAUUGCUGCUAUGAACUUUGACCUGAAUUGAGGGAGGAUGGCAGAGAGUUUUUAAAACAAAGGGCGGGGUGGUUGUAGUGAUAGUCUAACUCCAAACUGUUGGGAAAAUACACUGUUUUCACUUCAGUGGCUUUUAAUCCUGCUUAUGAAUUUUAGCUUUUUGGUUUCUUUUUUCUUUCUUUUUUUUUUUUUUUUUUGCCAAAAUUAACUGUUUGGUGAAGCCCUCGAAAUCUCCUUGCUUUGCAUGCAUGAUGUGCCAAGCCCGGCGUAGGAGAGCUAGAAGCCACUUUAUAACAAACUGCAGUUGUCUGGUGUUUAUUGUCUGUGCAUAGCGAUGGGCGUGGCAAGCGAGGAAGGCGUGAUGUCUGCARAAUGGUUCUGGUUGUUGAGGCUGCUCCUGCCAAGACAGGUCCUAGCGCUGCCCACCUGGGGUCCACUGGGGUGCUGGCCAACAUCAGCCUUGGACAGGAAUCCUCUAGCCCUGCAGCCCCACCUAGACCAUUUCCCUCCACUUUAUUUUAUUAAUUAAAUUUUUUCCAAAUUGGAUCAUUCUGGGAUUUCCUCCAUGGUGGACUUUGUUUCUGACCUUGUUCUCUCUGUGAAUACUGGAGGAGAGAGAGGUUCUCUCUGAUGUUAAAACCUUCCUUCCUGACAGCAGGUGGACCUGACAGCAUGCCUGGGCUGCCUGGAGCCACGGGAAGUGAGUUCAGAUGUGUCAUUAAAUUCUCUCUUCUCCUCCUUUACUCCUGUCAAAUAACUGUGACUUUUUUUUUUUUUUAAAGGAGAGUUUGUAGCUGCUCAUGCCCAAGAAAGCACAAACAUAAAAUGCAGUGGGUAUCUGGUUGUCCUUGUAUUUGGGCUUCAUUGUUAGAGGGGUCUUCCCCUCAAAGAAGUGCGUUAGAGGCAGGAGGCGGUGGCUGUGGACACUCCUUGCCCAGGAUGACGUGUGCCUUUUCUGUUUCAGUCCUUCACAGCAGUCGUUCAGCAGAGUGGUAAGAGGCUGUGGUCACGAGCUGCAGCAUUUGCCUAGCCUCCCUUUUCAUUUUUACAGAAUUAAAACAACCUCAGAUACCUCAAACUCUGCAUUCCAAACAGAGGCCCAGAGCAGUUAAAAUUUUGAAGGCACUUAAGUGGAGUCGGCAGCACGGAAUAUGGUUUUAGGGCCUGUGGAGUGAGGUGCAUUAAGGAUGUAGGUAAAAGCACAGAAAUACUGCAUCACUAGCCUAUGGAGCUGCCCAGGUCUUAGGACAGCAGGGACCAGAGGCACCAUCUCAAGGCGGUCRAGCCAUGGUGGUGCUAGGUGAACAACGUGGCAGGAACUGCCAGCCACGUUGACCCACUCAAGGCAAGCACCCCUGGUGUUCCUGGAGCUGUUUACAGAGUGGGUAGCUGGGAGGCAAAAUCCUAAAUGCCAGUGGCCCGGAGCCAGUUCUGGCUGCAGCAGAAAUCUCUGGGGGAGCUGGUUGGUCAGUCACACAGAGUGUGAUUUUAUUAAGAGGUGAGAGUUGGGCAUGUGGUGAACUUUUCCUUAAAAUCCUUGCCUGUCUAUCCUGGACCCUUGACAAAAUGGGAUUCCCAGCUGUGCAGCCUGGUGUCAUGAGUGCGUGUCAGCACCUGACAGGCCGCUGCUUAGCCAGGAGAACAAGAAGGGCCUUAGCAGGACAGGCUUUCCCUGCACCCAGUCUCGUGGUCACCURGAGGGUUUCUCAAGGUCUCUCCAGGACAAGCCAUUGGUUCUGUCCUUUAGAGGCAGGGUGAGUGCUCAUGGGAAGAGAUUGUCAAAGGUGUGUAGGAUUGAUUUGGAAACCUAAGCUGGGUUUCCUGGAACCAAAAAGAACUGCCUUUUGGGCUCUAUGUCACCAUUAUUUGGUGCCUGCUGUUGACUUUUAUGCUCGUAGGGAUUGGGGACCUGCAGUCUGCUUUACCUGGUUUCUUUCACCUUUCUUUGGGAUUGGUAGUCCUAGGAGAGGCUGGGAAUGGACUUCCGUCUCGGCCUCAGUUGGCUCCACUGUUCUGGGACCCCCCACCCCCACCAGGGCUGGCAGGUGCUUUUCCUCCCAGAGCACAGAACGCAUUGCCUGUCUGGGUUGGAUCUGGCCUGUGCACCCCAGAGAGGGAGGACAGGGAUUCUCCAGAACAAAAAGGAUUCACAUCUUCUGCUGACUGCUGGGAGAGACUUGUCCGCUCUCUGAUUUUCCUUUGCCUCAUUUCCAUGAGCCCCUUUUUCUCCAUCAUGAAACGAAGUCCCCAAGUCUCUGUAGGCCUUGGGUCUGAUAGAAAGGGUGGGGAGAGGAGGAAAUGGGAGUGAGGAGGU